CGGCCGGACGCGGAGAGCGCGGCACCCACCGGUUCGGUUCGUGGCGCGAGAUGGCGCGGGGAGGCGGCAAGGCAGCCAUAGUGCUGUGUAUGGAUGUAGGCUUUGCAAUGAGCAAUUCUGCUCCUGGAGAGGAGUCUCCAUUUGAACAAGCCAAGAAGAUGAUGACCAUGUUUGUGCAGCGACAGGUGUUUGCUGAGAGCAAAGAUGAAGUCUCUGUAGUUUUGUUUGGCACAGAUGGCACGGAGAAUACCCUUGCCAGUGGUGAUCAGUAUCAGAACAUUACUGUACAAAGACACCUGAUGCUACCAGAUUUUGAUUUGCUGGAGGACAUACAAAACGCGAUUCAACCAGGCUCUGAACAAGCAGACUUCCUGGAUGCACUUGUCGUGUGCAUGGACUUGCUUCAAAAGGAAACAAUAGGAAAGAAAUAUGAGAAACGACACAUUGAGGUGUUUACAGACCUUAGCAGUCCCUUCAGUGAGGAUCAGCUGGAAAUCAUCAUCGCUAACUUGAAGAAAACAGGAAUCUCUCUGCAAUUUUUCUUGCCGUUUCCAGUGGAUGAUGAAGAGGGAAGUGGGGAUACAGGUGAUGGUCGACAUUCUGAUAUGUACAGAAAUUCUUUUCCAAGGAAAGGCUUAACCGAACAGCAGAAAGAAGGCAUCUGUAUGGUGAGAAAAUUGAUGUUUGCUUUAGAGGAAGAAGGAGGCCUAGAUGAAAUUUACACUUUCAGAGAGAGCCUGGAGCGUCUUUCAAUGUUUAAGAAAAUCGAAAGAAGACCUAUGGCUUGGCCCUGCCAGCUAACUAUAGGUUCUAAUCUGUCUAUAAGGAUUGUGGCAUAUAAAUCACUCACGGAAGAGAAGCUGAAAAAGUCCUGGACUGUUGUGGAUGCCAAGACCUUAAAAAAAGAAGAUGUGCAAAAAGAGACUGUCUACUGCUUGAACGAUGAUGAUGAAACAGAAGUUCCGAAAGAUGAUCUUGUUCAAGGGUUCCGCUAUGGGAGCGAUAUAGUUCCUUUCUCUAAAGUAGACGAGGAGCAAAUGAAAUACAAAACCGAAGCAAAGUGUUUUUCUGUAUUAGGAUUCAGCAGAUCAUCUCAGAUCCAGAGGCAUCACUACAUGGGCAACCAGGUUCUGAAGGUCUUUGCAGCGAAAGAUGAUGAGGCUGCAGCAGUUGCUCUUUCUGCUCUGAUUCAUGCUUUGGAUGAGUUGGAUGUCGUGGCCAUAGUACGUUAUGCUUAUGACAGAAGAUCUAAUCCUCAGGUUGGCGUAGCCUUUCCAUGUAUCAAGGAUGCAUAUGAGUGUCUGAUAUAUGUGCAGUUACCCUACAUGGAAGACUUACGACAAUACAUGUUUUCCUCUUUGAAAAACAAUAAAAAGUACACUCCUACAGAGGAUCAGUUAUCUGCAAUUGACUCUCUCAUUGAUUCUAUGAGUUUGGUUUAUGAAGAUGAUGAUGGGGAGACAACCGAAGACAUAUUUAAAACCAGCAAAAUACCAAACCCUCAGUUUCAGAGGUUAUAUCAGUGCCUGCAGCAUAAGGCUUUUCAUCCUGACCAGCCAUUGCCACCCAUUGAACAGCACCUUUUAGAAAUGUUGGAGACACCUCAAGAGGUGAGAGAAAGGUGCCAGGCUCCACUUGAAAAAAUAAAGGCACUUUUUCCCCUGAAAGAUGCUGGCAAGAAGAAAGAACAGAAGACUGCUCAAGAUGUCUUCAAAGACAACAAUAAAGAUGGACCCAGUACUAAAAAGGCAAAUGCUGAAAAUGAAGAAGGCAUCUUUAGCAUCGCAAACCUUGCCGAAGGCAAUGUCACCACUGUUGGGAGUAUUAACCCAGCAGAAAACUUCCGUGUUCUAGUGAGGCAAAAGAAUGCUAACUUCAAGGAAGUGAGCCAGCAGCUGGUAAACCGCAUUGAACAGUUUUUGGAAGCUAAAGGUUUACAGUACUACAUGAAGAGCAUCAACUGUAUUAGAGUUUUCAGAGAAGAGGCCAUUAAGCUGUCAGAGGUGCAGUGCUUUAAUGAUUUCCUGCAGGCCCUAAAAGAAAAGGUGGAAGACAAAACCUUAGCUGAUUUCUGGGAAAUUUUAAUUCAAGAUGGAAUUUCUUUGAUCACCAAAGAUGAAGCAGAAGGUAGUUCAGUGACUAGUGACGAAGCCAAAAAGUUCUUGGCCCCCAAAGAAAAACCAGCUGAAGCUCCAUCAGUGGCUGGUGAAGGUGGUGAUGUGGAUGAUUUACUGGACAUGAUGUAAGUGGCUGAAGAACUCUGUUGCAGGGGGCAUAAAAUAGCCAUUGAAAAGAAGAUAGAUCAUCCAUUCUUCUAUCGGUAGAAGUUGCUUGAGAGAGAACAGCAGUUUCAAAGGCACUUCUGUUUGGUAUAAACCUCAGAGCUGAAUCAUCUGCAGUUAGUACAAGACUUAAUUAUAGAUUAUUUCAAUCUUCUGUACAUUUUCUGUAGUAAAUCUUUUUUCUAAAAAGAAGUUGUUUCACACUCAAUAUUGUAAUGUUGCUAUAUUUCAGAUUCCAGCUAAACACCACUAAUUUUAGUGAGGGCGAGUGUUAGUGUCUUACAUCAUUAGUGUAUUGUUUGGAGAGAAUGAAGUAUGGAGGUUGGUGUGAGAUCUCAAGAUAAUAUAGAGGAACUUUUAGUAAGAGUAAAUCAGUAGCUUCCUUAUUCUAAAGGAAGAAAGACAUUACUUUUCAUGGUCUCUCUCAAGUCAGGAAAGGGAAAACAAGUAGGUAUUUUGGGCUAAAAAGAGUAACUUAAAAAAUGUCCAGUCCACGGAUUCAUAAUGUAUUCACUCAAAAUAUAAAACUGAAUCUACAGUACACAGCAAAACAUUUCCAUCAUGUUGGUUUGUCACAGUAUAUCCAAAUCGGUGAUUGUUCUCUUGUUUUUCUUGUUUGGAUCCUCUCCAGCAUGAAACAGUAAAAGUGUUUAAAAGUCA